AAUCAAAUGUAAGUGACAAAGAGGAACCACAGGAUGAAAUGGAUUCGCAAGAUGAACUGGAUUCACAAUAUGAAAUGGAUUCGCAAGAUGAAAUGGAUUCGCAAGAUGAAAUGGAUUCGCAAAAUGAAACGGAUUCCCAAGAUGAGAGUUAUCUGCAAGAUGAAAUGGAUUCACAAAAUGAAAUGGAUUCGCAAGAUGAAAUGGAUUCACAAAAUGAAAUUGAUUCCCAAGAUGAGAGUGAUCUGCAAGACGAAAUUGAGCAAAUUGGAACGCUGGACGAAAUAGGAAUGCUAGAGGAUAACUACGUAAUGGAGGAGGAUGACAAUAGCGACAGUAAUAAUGAUAAUGUUAUAGAUGAAGAUCAGAUUGUUGACUCACCGAUGGAAGCACAAUAUGUGUAG